AAAAGCAACUAUAAAAAGAGAAACAUUUUCGAGAGGAGAAAAAGCAACACAAAAAAGUUCCAAAGGAGAAUAUUUAGAGAAUUCCAAGUGUCUUAGUUACGCACAUGUUUUUUCGACUGAAUUGAAGACUGAACAAAAAAUUCCAACUCUCCUUUUUUUACUCAAAAAAAAAGGGAAUAGGUACUAAAUAAAUGAGAAUCGUCCAAUAAAUUCAAAUUCCAAGUUUAAAUAGUUAGAAAAAUUAUUUUUUUACUCGAAAAGAAGAAGGGAAAAAAGUAGAAAAAAGUAGACUUCGAAAUAUUUGAAUAUUAUUCAAAAAAAGAAAAAUACUUGGGGAUUAUUUUGAAAUUUUAAUAAUGACGGAAUGGAGUACCAGUGUGUUAUCGUUUACACAGUGAUAUCUCCGUCAACAUCCCUCGCACCAUCUCUUCGUCUUCAUCUUGAAAGUACGAUUUUACGACCACCGCCUACUGGCUGUAUAGCUUGGCUCAAGUCCUGGAUCAAAAGAGCUGUUGGUGCAUAUCUUCGAGCGUUGAAUCUGAGUCCCAAUAAUGCAGUGGUUCACGGCAAUUUGGCCUGCGUUUACUAUGAACAGGGGCUCAUUGACCUUGCGAUUGACACUUAUCGUCGCGCAAUUGAACUUCAACCGAACUUUCCAGAUGCUUACUGUAAUUUGGCCAAUGCGCUUAAGGAAAAAGGUCAGGUGGCCGAAGCAGAAGAAUGCUACAAUACAGCUUUGCGACUCUGCCCAACUCACGCCGAUUCCCUUAAUAAUUUGGCCAACAUAAAACGUGAACAGGGCUAUAUUGAGGAAGCAACGAGAUUAUAUUUAAAGGCAUUGGAAGUAUUUCCAGAAUUCGCUGCAGCACACAGUAAUUUGGCUUCUGUUUUGCAACAACAGGGUAAACUAAAUGAAGCGCUCAUGCAUUAUAAGGAGGCAAUUCGUAUUCAGCCAACUUUCGCUGAUGCGUAUUCUAAUAUGGGCAAUACCCUUAAGGAAAUGCAAGACAUUCAGGGAGCUCUACAAUGUUAUACAAGAGCAAUUCAAAUAAAUCCUGCAUUCGCUGACGCUCAUUCGAAUCUCGCUUCUAUUCACAAGGAUUCGGGCAAUAUCCCGGAAGCCAUUCAAUCAUACAGAACGGCUUUAAAAUUAAAACCGGACUUUCCAGAUGCGUACUGUAAUUUGGCGCACUGUCUUCAAAUUGUUUGUGACUGGACAGAUUACGAGGCAAGAAUGAAGAAACUUGUUUCCAUUGUUGCCGAACAGUUGGACAAAAAUCGAUUGCCAAGCGUUCAUCCACAUCAUUCGAUGCUCUAUCCAUUGUCACAUGAUUUUCGAAAAGCCAUCGCCGCUAGACAUGCGAAUUUAUGCAUCGAAAAGAUUCACGUUCUUCACAAGCAACCCUACAAAUAUCCCCGUGAAUUUGGCGCUCGUCUGAAAAUUGGCUACGUCUCGUCAGAUUUCGGCAAUCAUCCAACGAGUCAUUUGAUGCAAUCAAUUCCAGGACUUCAUGAAAAGCAGAAUGUGGAAAUAUUUUGCUAUGCAUUGAGUUCCGAUGAUGGUACGACGUUCCGGUCAAAAAUUGCUCGCGAAUCAGAGCAUUUUGUUGAUUUAUCGCAAGUGCCGUGCAAUGGAAAAGCUGCCGAUCGUAUUAAUUCAGAUGGAAUUCACAUUCUGGUGAAUAUGAAUGGUUACACAAAAGGCGCUCGCAAUGAGAUAUUUGCAUUAAGACCAGCGCCCAUUCAAGUUAUGUGGCUUGGCUAUCCAGGCACUUCGGGCGCCAGUUUCAUGGAUUAUUUAAUCACCGACGAAGUCACUUCACCGUUAGAGCUCGCCAGUCAAUACAGCGAGAAACUUGCUUACAUGCCGCACACAUAUUUCAUUGGAGACCAUAAGCAAAUGUUCCCGCACUUAAAAGAACGUCUAAUACUGGCGGAUAAAGCGGGUUUGAAAGGAAAAGUGGCUGAUAAUGUGGCUGUUAUAAAUGCAACAGAUUUAUCGCCAAUGAUUGAAAAUACAUUGGUUAAAGAAAUACGCGAAGUAAUAAUGCCGGACUCAAAACAUAAACCCGUUGAAAUAUCCUUAAAAGUUGCUGAAUUACCGACGACAACUCCAAUUGAAACGAUGAUUGCAUCGGGUCAAUGUCAAAUGUCCGUUAAUGGUGUUGUUGUGCAAAAUGGCAUGGCAACAACGCAAGUUAAUACUAAAACGGCAACUGGAGAAGAAGUACCGCAAAGUAUUGUAAUAACGACGAGGCAACAAUAUGGAUUACCAGAAGACGCGGUUGUUUAUUGUAAUUUUAAUCAACUCUAUAAAAUCGAUCCAUUGACACUUCACAUGUGGGCGAAUAUAUUGAAACACGUGCCAAAUGCAGUGCUGUGGCUGCUGCGAUUUCCAGCGGUUGGCGAGCCAAAUUUACAAUCUACUGCACAGCAAUUGGGACUCUCACCUGGUAGAAUUUUAUUCAGCAAUGUCGCUGCGAAGGAAGAACAUGUUCGACGAGGUCAAUUGGCGGAUGUUUGUCUUGACACGCCUUUGUGCAAUGGACACACAACAAGCAUGGAUGUCUUGUGGACCGGGACACCUGUUGUCACUCUACCAGGAGAAACUCUAGCCUCAAGAGUUGCCGCCAGUCAAUUAAAUACUCUCGGAUGUCCGGAAUUGGUCGCCCGCACCAGACAAGAGUAUCAGGACAUCGCCAUUAGGCUCGGCAACGAUCGUGAAUUUUUGAAGGCGAUACGUGCUAAAGUUUGGAAGGCACGAUCUGAGAGUCCAUUGUUCAGCUGCAAAAUGUACGCCCUGGGAAUGGAAAUGCUGUACAAGAAAAUGUGGGAGCGAUAUAGUCGUGGAGAGAAACCUGAUCAUGUGGCUGCUCUUGAAGGAGGAGAAAACCAGAAGCAAUUGAUGUCCGCUUGAAUGUCCAAUGAUUGAAAAAGGUGCUUUUUUGAAAAUCAUUUAUCGAUCGCGAUCGAAUUUAUAUUUGAGUGCAGCUUCCGAUUAUCUAGUUUUUUCAGGCCUCGCAGAACAAACAGAAAAAAAAACAAUGCAUUUACAAACAUAUUUCGCAUCGUUUUCGAAACUCGAUUAUAUCUAUAUAUAAAUUAUUACGAGUAAUUUUUUCUUUUUCUACAAUAGAAUUUGACGAGCUUAGAAUAGUCACUAAUCUAAUUUAUAAAAAAAAAUCUGAUCUGAACUACGAUUAUUGAGUUUGUCAAUUUUUGUCAAAUUCAAUUCUUUUUUUUUCUUUGAUCUGAAGAAACAAUCGAUAAUCGACUGCCUGUUGCAGUACAGAAAAGAGGCCGAAUAAUUUUUUUCGUAGAAGGGAGAAAAAGAUCAAUUUUUUUUUCACUAUUUGCUGGCAAAUUUACCAAAAUUUAUUGUUUUGCAUUUUAUGUAUAAUAUAUUUCGAUAAUGUGCAACAAAAAACCUUCAUUUGCUCAAAAUUAAAAUACGAAGGGGAAUAUUUAUUAUUAUCAUCGUUAAACAAAAAAAAAAAAUGUUUUUUUGCUCUUUCGGGGGGCCAGCAAUUUAUUUAUGAAGGAUUUUAAUUAUCAAUAUUCAUGGACACUUCCCACUGACGGAUGAUACUAGUUUAUUAUUGUAUAGUAUAUAAAAAAAAAUUUCGUCAAAAAAAAAAAAAAAAAAAUGAAACACAUACACUCUCAUACACUUGUAAAUAAUUACACAACAAUCAUCAUUACUUUUAUCAUCUGAAUAGCGUGAGAAGUAUGAUAAGAUCUAAGUUUUUUUUCUGAAUUAUAUAUGCAUACAUAUAUAAGAGAAAUAAAAACACAUUCACAUACACACAGAACACAAGAACACAGAAUGGAUAUUAAGUGAUGUAAAUUUAGAGAAUAAAGAUAGAACAUGACUAAGUUUCGAAAAA